AUGGACAAGUAUUCACCACACGGAAUUGCGCUCGAGUGUGGUGCCGCUUUGACGUCGCCGACAGCUCAUCGUAAAGUUCAGCCGUUUUAUUCAUUGCCUCCUCCACAACGUCCACUCGCGCUUGCUGUGCCCUCAUCUGCUCGGGAUUUCACGUUUGCUGACAAUGUGCAGAUCAGAUCCAUAUCCGAUUUGAGUCAUAAAGGUGCGAGUAGUGCGUUGUCGUUGAGUGUUAGUCAGCAGUUCACUCAUAAACUCCUUACAAGUGCACGAGGACCAUUGAUGAGCACUGGUCACACGUCAAAAUCUGUUGAUGAACAGCAGCAUCGAUUGGCCGCCGCUGGCACAACAAAUAGAUAUCGAGCACCUUCUCCUGCCACCACUACAUCAAUGACAUCUUCGUCAUGUUCAGCUGGUGUAAGGCGAUUAUGA